CUUUCAGUCUCAGCUUCUCACCAUCUCUCUCUCUACUUCCUUCCUUCUCAUAGUUGAUCAAAAAAGAAAGUUAACAAAGAGACCCCCCCACACUUGCAUGAAAAGCAAAAGCAAAAAGCUUCACAAAAGCAAAUCAAAUUUGACAAUGAAGAAGACAACGCAUAUUCAUAUAAGAUCCCCUAUACACUAUCAUAAGCUCAUUAUUCAUCAUCAUUCUUCUUCGAGUUCUCAUCAAUGGCGUCUGAGAUCGUCGUUGCAGAGCCCACAAACGAAGGCACUAGCAGUAGUAGUAGUAGUGGUUACAGAAGAGGGUAUAUUAGCAGGAACACCAGACCUUUUACGAGAUCAAUCACUUCUGGUCAUGAUCGUGUUCCUGAGCUCUUCGACAGUGAGAAAUUGCCUGUUACUUUGGUUUCCGAGAUUCAGAGGUUUCUUAGGGUUGCCAAUUGGAUCCAAAUUGAAGAGCCUCGUGCUGCUUAUCUUUGCCGCUUUCAUGCUUUUGAAGUGGCACAUAAUUUGGAUCGGAACUCAAAUGGCCGGGGAGUACGGCAAUUCAAAACUUCUCUUCUUCAGCGACUUGAACAGGAUGAAGAAUUUACUAUUAGAAAAAGGAAAGAAAAGAGUGACAUACGUGAACUCAAGCGUGUUUAUCACAAGUACAGAGAAUACAUUAUCAAACAUGUCGGAGACUGUAAUCUUGAAAACAGAGAAAAUAAGGCACGUGCAAUUGCUUCUGCACUGUUUGAAGUAUUAUGUACAGUUAGCAAAGCAGCUGGUUUGCAGGCCCUUGCCGAUAAGGACAGCGCAAAAUCUGAAUUAUUUGUGCCAUAUAAUAUUCUUCCACUUGAUCAAGGAGGUGUUCAUCAUGCAAUAACGCAACUCCCUGAGAUUAAAGCUGCAGUCUUUGCUGUUCGCAAUGUUCGUGGUUUACCUUUCUUGGAAGAUUUCAAGAAACGCAUGGUGUACUUGGAUUUAUUUGAUUGGCUUCAAUUUUGCUUUGGAUUUCAGAAAGGAAAUGUUGCAAACCAGAGGGAGCAUCUGAUUUUACUGCUUGCUAACACCCAUAUUCGGAAAAUUCCUAAGCAAACAAAUGUGUCGCAGUUGGGAGAUGAAGCUAUCAAUGAACUGAUGAAGAAGUUUUUUAAAAAUUAUACAAGUUGGUGCAAAUUUUUGGGGAGAAAAAGCAACAUCCGGUUGCCAUAUUUGAAACAGGAAGCCCGACAAUAUAAGCUUCUAUAUAUAGGGCUUUAUCUUCUUAUAUGGGGGGAGGCUGCAAACCUACGGUUUAUGCCGGAGUUCCUCUGUUAUAUUUUUCACCAUAUGGCAUAUGAACUGCAUGGUAUUUUGAAUAGUGAUAUUAGCAUGAUUACUGGGGAAAGGGUCAUGCCAGCUUAUGGAGGACAGUCUGAGUCUUUUCUUAACAACGUAGUUUCCCCAAUCUACACGGUCAUACAAAAGGAAGCUAUGAAAAACAAAAAUGGGACAGCUGAUCAUUCUACAUGGAGAAACUAUGAUGAUUUAAACGAAUACUUCUGGUCUCCUGAUUGUUUUGAAAUAGGUUGGCCCAUGCGUCUGGACCACAAUUUUUUCUGUGUACAACAAUCGGACAAUCGGAAGGUCAGAAAAGCUCGGGAAUCAGUUAAGAAUCUUCAGGAAAAGAAGAGAGAACAAAAUGAAAAUGAAGUAGACGUAGAGGCUACUACUGAUGAAAAGCUGGAGCAAAUAUGGUUAGGGAAGACAAAUUUUGUUGAGGUCCGAUCGUUUUGGCAUAUUUUCAGGAGCUUUGAUAGAAUGUGGAGCUUUUUUAUCCUAUCUCUUCAGGCAAUGAUAAUUAUGGCAUCUCAUGAUCUGGAAUCUCCAUUGCAAGUUUUUGAUGCCACAAUACUUGAGGACGUUAUGAGCAUCUUCAUUACAUCUGCAGUUCUUAAACUCAUACAAGCUAUUCUUGACAUAGUCUUUACAUGGAAAGCUAGAUCCACAAUGCACUCCUCUCAAACCCUAAAACAUGUACUGAAGGUUGGGGUUGCGGUGAUAUGGACUAUUGUUCUUCCUGUAUGUUAUGCUGGCUCUAGAAGGAAAUAUACUUGUUACACGACAGAUUAUCAUAGCUGGCUUGGAGAAUGGUGUUAUUCUCCUUAUAUGGUUGCAGUGACAUUUUACUUGAUGACCAAUGCCGUAGAUAUGGUUCUUUUUUUUGUACCUUUGGUUGGCAGAUAUGUUGAGACCUCAAAUUGCCGCAUGGGUACCUUUUUGUCUUGGUGGACUCAGCCUAGACUAUAUAUUGGACGAGGAAUGCAAGAAAGCCAGGUCUCCCUUUUGAAGUAUACAUUGUUUUGGGUUCUUUUAUUGUUAAGCAAGUUCUCCUUUAGCUACCACUUUGAGAUAAAACCACUUAUCGCACCAACAAGACAAAUCAUGAAAAUAGGGGUAAAAAAUUAUGAAUGGCACGAGCUUUUUCCGAAAGUCAAGAGUAAUGCUGGUGCAAUCGCUGCUAUUUGGGCUCCCAUAAUUCUUGUAUAUUUUAUGGACCCACAGAUUUGGUAUUCUGUUUUUUGUUCAAUAUUUGGUGGAGUUUAUGGAAUCUUGCAUCAUCUUGGCGAGAUUCGGACAUUGGGUAUGCUGAGAAGUAGAUUCCAGUCUUUGCCUUCUGCAUUCAGUGCUUGCCUGGUCCCACCCCCAUCAAGUAACGAAAAAGAUGCCAAAAAAAAGAGUUUCUUCCAACAGAGAUUCCAGAAGGUGUCUGAAAAUGAGAAGAACGGUAUUGUUAAGUUCGUUCUGGUAUGGAACCAAAUUAUCAGUAGCUUUCGGGAAGAGGAUGUGAUAAGUAACAGGGAGAUGGAUUUGAUGAAAAUACCUUUGUCAUCAGAGCUAUUUUCUGGUGUGAUUCGCUGGCCUGUUUUCCUUCUAGCAAAUAAGUUUUCAACAGCAUUGAGCAUUGCAACAGAUUUUGUUGGAAAGGAUGGGAAUCUUCAUAGAAAGAUUAGAAAAGACAACAACAUGUAUUGUGCAGUAAAGGAGUGCUAUGAAUUGCUGAAGUAUAUCCUUGAGAUACUUGUAGUAGGUGAGCUGGAGAGAAGGAUUAUUUCUGGCAUAUUUGAUGAGAUUGAAGGAAACAUUGAAAGAUCAAGCCUUCUUGAAAAUUUCAAGAUGAGUGAAUUACCAUCUCUACAGUAUAAAUGCGUCGAGUUAGUAGAACUGCUGGUCGAGGGAAAUGGAGACCAUCGUAAUAAAGUUGUGAAAGCACUCCAAGACAUUUUUGAGCUUGUAACAUACAACAUGAUGGCAAAUGGUUCCAGAAUAUUGGAUUCACUUUACUCUGAACAAGAAAUAGAGGUAGAGGAAACUGAAUUUUUCGGCCAUAUUGAACCAGAGUUAUUUGCAUCAAAUCAUUCUAUACAUUUCCCGUUGCCAGAUAGUGGCCCUAUGAAUGAGCAGAUCAAGCGUUUUCUUUUGCUGCUUACUGUCAAAGAUACAGCUAUGGACAUACCCUCAAAUUUGGAGGCUCGGAGACGUAUUUCAUUCUUCGCUACAUCUCUCUUUAUGAAUAUACCUAGUGCUCCUAAAGUGCGUAACAUGUUGUCAUUCAGUGUUUUGACUCCGCACUUCACGGAAGAAGUUAUAUUUUCAGCAAAGGAAAUUAGUUCAAGCAAAGAAGAGGUUUCCAUCAACUUUUAUAUGCAAAAGAUAUAUCCAGAUGAGUGGAAAAACUUUUUGGAACGCAUGAGGAUUGAAAAUUUAGACGGAUCGAAAGUUGAAACUGAUGCAGAAGUUCUGAAAGAUCAUAGAAAUUGGACUUCUUUCCGGGGACAAACUCUGAGCAGAACAGUACGAGGAAUGAUGUACUACAGGGAAGCCCUGAAAUUACAAGCUUUUCUCGACAUGGCUGAAGAUGAAGAUAUUCUUCAAGGUUAUGACGCCAUUGACAGGAGAAAUGAUACAUUAUCAGCUCAACUAGAUGCCCUAGCAGAUAUGAAAUUUACUUAUGUCAUUUCAUGUCAAAUGUUUGGAUCACAAAAAUCUGCUGGAGAUCCCCAAGCCCAAGAUAUACUUGACUUGAUGAUUAGGUACCCAUCACUCCGUGUUGCUUAUGUUGAAGAGAAAGAAGAGAUUGUGGAAAAUAAGCCUGUAAAGGUUUACUCUUCCGUAUUAGUUAAAGCUGUCAAUGGUUUUGACCAGGAGAUAUAUCGCAUAAAGCUUCCAGGUCCACCAAAUAUUGGGGAGGGGAAGCCUGAGAAUCAAAAUCAUUCCAUAAUUUUCACACGUGGUGAAGCUCUCCAAGCAAUUGAUAUGAACCAAGAUAAUUACAUGGAAGAAGCUUUCAAAAUGAGAAAUGUAUUACAAGAAUUUCUACAGCACCAAGGACGUCCACCAACUAUACUUGGGUUGAGAGAACACAUAUUCACAGGAAGUGUUUCUUCAUUAGCAUGGUUCAUGUCUUAUCAGGAGACCAGUUUUGUCACCAUUGGUCAAAGGCUUCUAGCGAAUCCUCUCAGGGUCCGAUUCCAUUAUGGGCAUCCAGAUUUAUUUGAUAGGGUGUUUCACUUAACAAGAGGCGGCAUAAGCAAAGCAUCUAAAACAAUUAACUUGAGUGAGGAUGUUUUUGCGGGAUUUAAUUCUACUUUACGAAGAGGAUAUGUCACGUAUCAUGAGUAUAUGCAAGUUGGCAAAGGUCGCGAUGUAGGCCUUAACCAGAUCUCAAAGUUUGAAGCCAAAGUGGCAAAUGGAAACAGUGAACAAACUCUAAGCCGUGAUAUAUACCGCCUUGGACGUCGGUUUGAUUUCUUCCGGAUGCUUUCUUGUUACUUCACAACCAUUGGGUUUUAUUUUAAUAGCCUGAUAUCAGUAAUUGGAAUUUAUGUAUUCCUUUACGGGCAGCUAUACUUGGUUCUCAGUGGUUUGGAGAGGGCAUUCCUUCAGGCUAGAAUUCAUAACAUACAAUCAUUGGAAACGGCUCUAGCUUCCCAAUCAUUUAUCCAACUGGGACUCUUAACAGGCUUACCAAUGGUGAUGGAGAUUGGACUCGAGAGAGGAUUUCUUAAUGCCGCCAAAGAUUUUGUCCUCAUGCAAUUGCAGUUAGCUGCUGUUUUCUUCACUUUCUCCCUUGGAACAAAAGCUCACUAUUACGGUCGAACAAUUCUUCAUGGGGGUGCUAAGUACAGACCUACCGGACGCAAAGUUGUUGUGUUUCAUGCGAGCUUUACUGAGAAUUACAGAUUAUAUUCACGAAGUCACUUUGUGAAAGGAUUUGAGCUUCUGCUACUGCUGGUUGUUUAUGAUCUGUUUAGGCGGUCUUACCAAAACAACAUGGCAUAUGUGUUAGUCACAUACGCUAUUUGGUUCAUGUCACUGACUUGGUUGUUUGCACCAUUUUUCUUUAAUCCUUCUGGAUUCGAUUGGGGUAAGAUAGUUGAUGAUUGGAAAGAUUGGAACAAGUGGAUCAAUCAACAAGGCGGGAUAGGAAUUCAAGAGGAUAAGAGUUGGCAGUCUUGGUGGAAUGAUGAGCAAGCCCAUCUUCGUCAUUCACGGCUGAGUUCUAGGUUGAUUGAAAUACUCCUAUCACUCCGAUUUUUCAUUUACCAGUACGGUCUGGUCUAUCACCUUGAUAUAUCUGGGAAGAGCAAAAAUUUUAUAGUUUAUGUGCUCUCGUGGGUUGUCAUCGUCUUCAUUUUCUUGUUAGUCAAGGCAGUGAAUAUGGGGAGGCGUCUACUCAGUGCUAAUCAUCAACUCACAUUCAGGUUAUUCAAAGCGUUUCUUUUCCUAGGCGUUCUAUCUACCAUAUUCACUCUCUCCCUCGCCUGUAAACUAUCUUUGAAGGACUUGAUUGUAUGUUGUCUUGCAUUUUUUCCUACUGGAUGGGGUCUUAUAUUGGCUGCACAAGCUGUCAGACCAAAGAUAAAGGACACGGCACUAUGGAACUUCACCGAGGUCUUUGCUCAAGCUUAUGACUACGGAAUGGGGGUUGUACUUUUUGCUCCAAUGGCUGCUUUGGCAUGGCUUCCAAUCAUCUCAUCUUUCCAGACUCGUUUCCUUUUCAACGAGGCUUUCAGUCGAAGACUGCAGAUCCAACUGAUUUUAGCAGGAAAAAAGAAGCGUACAUAAAAUUUUUCCCAUUGGUGACAUUGUGAAUAUGAUAGUUUUGUAUAGUCAAGUCAUAAUGCUCAUUGUGAGAUGUACAUGUAAUGUAGGUGAUUCUUAUAAUUAACAAUACGAAAGAGUAACGAUAUUCACACUUUUCUGAGAUGUUAAAAGAAAAAUAAAUAAAUAAAACAAAAUAAAAAAAGAGUUUGGGAGGUGUUA